UACGGGCAGAACUAACAUCUCAGCUAAGUAAAUAGCAGCCGGCUCCGGGGACAACAUACAAUUGGGUGGCCCCUGACAAGCCCCUUCCACUGCCACCUAUUACUAGACAGAGUGACGUGUAGGUGAUCUAUUAGACAUUGCAUCUGGACAUCCACCGAGGAUGGCACAUCACAACUCCGGAGCACUGAAGGACUCAGAUGUGGAAUUUGCACGUACCGGCUAUGGGAAGGACGCAGUGAAAGUUCUCCAGAUUAAAAGAAAUGGAAAUGUACAUUUUAUUAAAGAAAUCGAGGCCUCUGUUCAGCUCACCCUCCAGUCAAAGAAGGAUUAUCUAUAUGGGGAUAACGCCGACAUCAUCCCGACAGACACGGUGAAGAACACCAUCUACGCUCUGGCAAAGUUUAAAGGGAUAAAAACUAUUGAGGACUUCUCUCUGGAGCUUUGUAAUCAUUUCCUGACGUCGUUCAACCAUGUUACAGAAGCAAAAGCUUAUAUUGAAGAAGCCCCCUGGAGACGCUUUGAAAAGGAUGGGGCGCAGCAUGUUCACGCAUUUAUCUAUUCAUCAGAAGGUGUUCAUUUUUGUGAAGUGGAACAGAAGCGGGGAGGUCAACCAGUCAUUCACUCUGGGAUCAAAGAACUUCGGGUCUUGAAGACGACGCAGUCUGGGUUUGAAGGUUUUUUAAAGGAUCAGUUCACAACACUCCAAGAAGUGAGAGACCGCUGCUUCUCCACCGUGGUCAUCUGCAAGUGGAGAUACAACACCUAUCAGGGGGUCAACUUUGAUUCCAAAUGGCAAACCAUGAAGGAAAUAAUCCUGGAUACAUUUGCUGGACCGUAUGAUAAAGGAGAAUACUCUCCGUCCGUUCAGAAAACUCUCUAUGACAUCCAAAUGUUGGGUCUUAGCCGGAUCCCAGAGAUUGAAGAGAUUGAAGUUCUUCUACCAAACAAGCAUUAUUUUAAUAUUGACAUGAGCAAAUUUGGCCUGAGCAACCAGGAUGAGAUCUUGCUGCCGUCAGAUAAGCCCUACGGAAAUAUCACUGGCAGUGUCCGGAGAAGAGUACCGUCCAAGCUAUAAAUUUUCCCCGAGUGAAAAAAGCCUCCACUGAGCAAUGUUAUUUACUAAUACUAAUAAUAAACCAUU